AUGGAAAACUUUUUCACGAAAAAAGUACAAAACGUAUUUGCAAUUUUGAAGAGAAGCAACAAGGAGGAGGGAGGCACCACGCAUCACGAAACGAAAGAGAUUAAAUCUGAUGAGGCGGGAACAGAUGGCAAGAAAAAAAGCCCCUCUCCCAAACUGCCUACAGAAAAGGACCCGAAAAAAGAGCCAAAGAGAAAACUCAACAAUGAGCCAACCACCGGUAGCAACAAAAAGGAAACCCCAUCCACGGAGGCAAGAGAUAACGACCAUAGCGUAAUUAAAAAACGCAAGUUAAUAAAAUUGCACAACAAGGAUAAUGUGUACCUAAUUGACAAUUUUAUUAAUAUAAAGAAAUGCAGUGAUGCGAAUAAUGCCAGUGGGAGGGACGCGAAGAAGAGUGGAGCGGCCCUUCCGCCGACGGAUGCCGCUGCUAGCGCUGCUACCUCGGUCAUCGCUCCCACCGCUGCCACCACUGCCAGUAGGGCCACGUUGAACACCCCCAACAUUUGCAACUUACUGUCGAUCAAGAAGGACGAAGGUGACAAGAAAGCCAAAGCGCAGGAGGCGCGCCUUAUUAAUAGCAACGCGCGAAGUGCAGGGGGGCUCGAACAGACGCUAGCCAACCACCCCCCAGAACAGAGCGAAACGGGGAAUAACCCAAAAAAGGGAAAGAUUACCAGUUUAGUCCCCACGACGAACAUAUGCACAAAGGAGGAAGGAGAAGAAAGGGAAAAGAACUCAACCGAGAUGAAAAAGAACAACCAGAAGGAAGAGCAAACCGAUCAAGCCCUUUUAAAAAGCAUGAAUGAUAAAAAAAGUGAAACGAAAAAGCAAAAAAACAGUCAUUUUUUAAGUAACUCAAAUAAUGAUAGCCAAAGAGAGAAUUCACUUGUUGCGAAAAAUAGCGGAGGGGAGAAGAGGGUUAACCGAAUUGAUGAAAUGUUUAAAAAUCUUAUAGAAGAGAGUAGGAAGAAAGACAAACUGUUAAGCAACCCCGAUAGUGGUGGCAAUGCACCUUGUCAGGCAAACCAUAUUAACCACCCCGAUGGGGGAAGUGCCCUAGAGGAGAAUAAAAACGAACAACACUUGGAAGAUGAGCCUGCGAAAGGGGUGGAUGAGGGUAACCCUAAUGAUAACACCGCAAUAAGUAGUGCCAACGGUAAAAUCGUGACGCAGGAAACGUUACUUAAAGAUGGCGAACCUGGUGAGGAAGGGGAGAAGGGAGGUUCCCCCACCCAUGGGGAGAAACUCCAAAGGGAUGAGCCUCUCCAGUUCAACGGCGGUCAUGCUACUAUCGGGUCGGCCAAAACGGACAGUCCCGCCCCCAGCCGAAGUAGCAGCGUGGGGAGCGCCGCUGGAAGAAGCCCUCAUAGUUGCUUUGGUAGCCGCGUUGGCAGCCACUCUGGUAGCCGGUCUUCCAGCCCAUGUAAGGACACCAAGCCAACGGGGGAGAGCCAACCCGAGGAGCACUCCCCCCUGUGCGGGGACGACAAGAGCACCUCCGAAGCUGAGGGCGCGACUCCAGGGGAACCCCCCUGCGACACGAGCGAAGCGGAAGAGGCAGACAGUUUGAAGAUAAAGUUCCCCCAGUUUGCAAUGGACCAAAGCAAAAGUCUAAUAAACGAAACAAAUGAAUUUUUCAAAAUGUACGAUUUGAACCUUAAAGUGGAAUGCCUACCGAUUGGCAUCUCCAAUGAUUUAAAAUUAUUAAUGGAAAAAAAAAAAAAAUUUGUUUGCAUAAUUAAUGAUUAUAAGAAUGAGUUGAGACAGAGGAGGAGUCACUCCAGAAGGGAAGAAAAAAACGCAAAGGGGAGGGACCCACUCGGGGGUCAACUGCAAACGGUGGUGGAGGCAGCAUCGGUGGGAGUACUCAAUUUAGAGAAGCAGGCAAAUGAGGCCACCCCAGGGAAGUGCCCACCACACGAAGGUGAUGAUGAUGGUGAUGAUGGUGAUGAUGGUGAUGAUGGUGAUGAUAAUAAUAAUACUAAUAAUGGUGUAACGCGUGACGAUUUUGAAAAUGUGAAUGAACCCUCUGUGAGCCCCAAGAUGGAGGGAGUAAAGCCCGAACCGCCAACCAUGGAAAGUAAAACCCCCCUUAACAACUGCGAAAUGGGGACUGAUCAGCACGAUGUAGAGUCUUUGCCAGAUGGUAGGAACCGCUCUUCCGUCAAAGACACGGCCAAUCAUGAGCAAGACGAACUUAAUGAGGAGGAAGUGAAAAAAGGUAGCAACCACCUGGAGGGAAGGAAGAAAAGAAAGGGAGAGGAGAAGAAACUCGAAAAGGGGGGUGCCUCGUACGACAACUUGAACUACCUCAGUGAUGACGAUAAGGAGUUCGUGGAGAGGGAGCACAGAAAAUUUUUGACCCUUUUGGAGAGGGUGAAUAGGGGAGGAAGCCAACCAGGGGAAGAGCAGCAGCAGGGGGGAGGAAGCCAACCAGGUGAAGAGCAGCAACCGGGGGGAGAAAGCCAACCCGAUGAGGAACAGCAACAGGGGGGAGGAAGCCAGCCAGAUGGAGAGCAACAAUUGGGGGGAGGAAGUCAACCAGGUGAAAAACAGCAGCCUGGCGAAAGUAACCACUUGGAGCCCGCCCCCCAAGUGGAGGCCGCAGAAGCCGAGGUAACAAAGAAACAGUUCAUCAAACACCUGAUGCGAAGUCUAACAGAGGAUUGCAGCGAGGAAAAGAACUACGCCCAGCAGAAGGAGAUAAAAGACGAAGAAACGAAAUUCGAAAAAAUGAAAGAAACAAUAAGACGAAUAAAAAUAAAAGAAAAAAAAAUCGAUGUGCUCCUAAGCAGCAGUAAGAGCCUUUUUAACUACACCAACAUGUACAGGCGACGACAAAUUUUACACGAAAAAAUGUUAAUGAAUUGGAGUUACGUGCAAAGUUGGGUGAAUAAAAAAAACGACGUAAGAAAUAGGAACCUGCCAUUUCAACUGCUAGAAUUGGAUAAAGAGUUAACGAAAAGUGUCCCCAAAGCUUAUGAUGAUAUUUUGCUGGACCAUUUUUCAGGCAUCAUAAUUACGCUAAAUACAACCUCGUUCGAAACGGCUGUGGAUGGAAAUGCAAUUCAUCUUACGAAGGUCGUUUGUGGCUGUCUAAUUGAGUACUUAGGUACCUCCGAGAUGAAUAUAAAAUGUAUAUGGGCCCAUCCCUUUUUGAAUGCAAAAUCGACUUACUACAUUUUAAGCGCUUUUCUUCCUAGAGUCAUUUUGGAGGCAUUCCUAAAUUGUAGGACACCCUCAGAGAAGGAGGCUCCUCCCAACGAGUUGAUGGACUCUUCCCGUUUUGAAGAAGAACACACGGAGGAUGGGACCCCCGGGGAAAUGACCCAAUCGAAAAAGAAGAAAAGCUUUUACGAUAGGCUACACCAACUUAGGGAAAGUGACUCCAAUGAAGGGCAAAAGAAGAAGAAAAAAAAAGAAAAAAAAAUCGAUAAUGAUCACACAAAUGAGGAGGAAGAUGCCUUUUUUAGCAAUUUCGCCAUGCAGCAGUACCCCGCAACGUACUUCCUAAAUUUUAGUAAAGACUGCGCUGAGCUUCUACAAAACGUCGACGGUUUUAGUGGUGAAGCAGAGAGGAAGAGUGGAGAAGGAAGCGGGCAGUACAGUUACCCCACCUGGGGGGGGGAGGAGGAGGACUCCUUACAUGGGGAAGAUCUCCCUUGUGUACAGCACAGACAAGAUAGCGAACCAGAUGGAAAAAACAAAUCGGGAGCAAACCAGGCAGAUAAGUUCCUACACAUCAUCUUCAGCGAUAUUGACAUUUUCCCCAGGCAGUGCUACCUUCUUCUCUGCUCCUACAAAUACAUGUGCUUGAAUAUGCACUACGACACGGACUGCUAUUCUGUGCACCACGAUCUGAAUUUAAAAAAUACUCAAAAGGGAAACGUCGGGAAGAAUACCGAGCUGUCCAAUUUGUGCCCCUGCACGUCGGUGAGAAAUGUCUCCUCGGAUACGGAGGACUCGUACGAGCGGAUUAUCGGGUGCAGCGAGCUGUACAUGUACUACAUGAUCCCGAAACGGGAGGAACGCGAGCGACUGGGGCUGCUCGAAAGGAACGGGUGGAGAGACCUAAUCCCAAGCACCUUUGAUGAAGACAUAAGCGAAAAUAUUUCCAGCAUUGUGAAAACGAGGACCAGCAUAAGUAGCCUCUAUGAGCAUAUAUCCACACAGAACAAACAGAAUGAAAAGAAUUACACCACGGCGUAUAUAAAUAAAUACGAGUGGUGUGGCCUCAAAAUAAAGGACAUUCGGAACAUGAUGAACGAGGACUUUAAUUAUGAGUCGCCCAAGAAGAAGUGA